UAUUAUAAUAACGACAAAGAAAACAAACCUACUACUAGCAGUAAAUCCCUUUUGACUGUACAACCCCAACAAAGAUCACCUCUCAAAGAUGUUAACUUCAAUACAGAGAAUAGCAAGAUACAAAAUCUAAAUAAACCCGAACUUGACAAUCAAGAAAGAGUGAACAAGGGGAAAAACAAAACACAAUCAACCAAUUCAAUACAACAAGAGACAUUAACAGAGAUCUUGAAAAAACUAACAAAAAUUGAAAAUGAUUACGAGGGAAUAAAUGAGGCAUCCUUUAUCGCGACAGAAAAUCAAGAAAUUAACCUUGACAAAAUUUGGGACAAGAUAGUAAAUAGUAUAAUCGAAGCGGCUACACUAAAUAUUCCCAAAAAGAAAAUCCCAAAUACCAAUUUAAACACAAGGAAAAAAGUUAAAAAGUCCCAGUUACAUGAAGCAACCACAGGUCUGAGCAAACUAAUAGCGCAAGGAAAGAAAAAGCUGGGCAUGAGUAUAGAUCCUCAAUCAAGAAAUCAAAUAAAUAGAACAAUAUGUCACUAUAACAAAAAUUUCCAAACGGACAUACCAAAAGUAAGCCAAGAAUGGUCACAGGACUGGUUAGAAGACUCCAAAGGCUG